CCGUGCUGAGGCGGCAGCGACCCAUGAGUGCGACGAGUCGGUGCUAGGCAGCGGUUUAACGGACGGAACUGUGACUCUACUCCAGCCGAGAUGUUGUGUCUGAGCGGGUUGUCGGUGGCCUUCGCCCUCGCCCUGGUGCCGGGACCCGCCGAAGCCCUGAGGGAGGGCGAGUGUGAAGUGUGCGUCACCUUCCUGGGGAAGUUCUACCAGACGCUGAAGGACGACGGCGUCAACUUCAACAGCGCCGACAUCGAGAAGGCCAUCGUGAAGAGCUGCAAAGACGCCAAAGGGAAAGAAAACCGCUUCUGCUACUACAUCGGAGCGACGAGCGACGCCGCCACCAAGAUAAUCAACGAGGUUUCCAAGCCGCUCAGCUACCACGUUCCCGUGGAGAAGAUCUGCGAGAAGCUCAAGAAGAAGGACAGCCAGAUCUGUGAGCUGAAAUACGACAAACAGCUGGACCUGACCACGGUGGACCUGAAGAAGCUCAAAGUGAAGGACCUGAAGAAGAUCCUGGAGGAGUGGGGCGAGUCCUGCAAGGGCUGCGCCGAGAAGUCCGACUUCAUCCGCAAAAUCACGGAGCUCAUGCCCAAGUACGCCCCGGCAGCCGCCAAGGCACGGACAGAUCUGUAAACAAACAAACAAACAAUCACAACAACAACAACAACAACAACCUGGGACUUGAUUCGGACCCGAUCCAGGAGGAGGUUCUGGAGACCCUGCACAGAUUCAGAGCUUUAGAUGUUAACGUUUUAAACCGGGAGCAGCACCGGGAGCCGACUUCUGCUCACGUAGUCGAAACAUUUCACUUAAAUUCUCACCGAACCCCCAAAUUCUAAUCAGAGCAGCAGCUGGAGGUCAUUCAGCUCCUCAGAGCGACGCAGUGGUCCGUAAACGAGACGGAGACGCUCGGCGGGACGAGCUCACGUCAGGACAUCUGCUGGAGAAUCAGUCGUCCAAUCAGAGCCGUUUAUCACAAACUGCUCGAUGAUGAUUCGUCUUCUUUUAACUCGACUAACUCGACCUUCUCUGGCUGCUCUCGUGUCUUUUCACUGUCGUGUUUGUCCCCUGAUGAACCUCUCGCGAGCCGUUUUCCACUGCAGGAACCCGACCAGAACAAAGUGCCAAACUCACCACUGAUGCUAAACGAACCUCCGUCGUCGCGUUUUGCCCGGUAGCUACCGUCUGGUGCAUCCUGGGACGUCGUUCCCGUGAACCGCUUCGAGCUCCUGCAGUGGAAAACCGCCUCGAGUUCACCGGGUCGUUCCCACGAAGCCGAGUCAGGAAAAACUCACUUUAAACCAGAAGCUUAGAGGACAGCCGGAGCAGCCAGUUAGCUAAAAACAAGGAGCUCGUCUCAGCCGGGGCGAUGGUUCUGGAGGUGACGGAGGUCAAACCACCUCCUGUAGAUACCACCCCGGUCUGGAUGCAGCUCAUCGAGGUCGAGCGUACGAGGAUCAGUAGAACCCCACCUCUGAUUUCACACUUUAGCCCAUCAUUGUUUCAUCUGUACUUAAAUUUGCACAAAAAAAAUAGUAAAAAAGUGAGAAAACGUUGAACCCGGCGCGUCCGUCUUCAUCAUUUUGCACAGAAACACGAACUGAACUCGCCGACACGGACGAGUUCUGGCACAUUUUGCUCUUCAUCUGUCUGCGACGUUAGAAAUGUUCCGGUUAAAUAUUUAUUAAGGUUUUUUUCUUUGGAGAAGCUUCUUUCACCUCUAAUAUCUGGUUAUGGUUUGUUCUGACCCGUUCGUGUUGAAUCCACCUCCUCCUCCGUCGGUAACAGUUUAGACUAGAGACGAGGAGAAGCUCGCGGCGGCUUCCUGGACGUCGGGACGCGAGCCGUUUGUUGUUCUUUGUGCUGGUGACGGUGAAUCUGAGCUGCUGGAGGGGAAACGUGCUUCACGAUGCGAGCAGAUGGCGAGUUCUUCAAAACGGCGAGACGUCGCGUUCGAUCCGACUCGACGUGGGAAAAGAAAACUGUUGACUUUUCAUGUAAGAACCAGUCAUUUGUUACAGCUGUACUAUUCUACUUUUUCAUUAAAUUAUGAAAAACUGC